AGCGGCAGCCGGCCGGAGCGGGCGGGCGGGCGCAGCGCCGAGGCCCGGCCAUGGCCACCACCAGCACCACGGGCUCCACCCUGCUGCAGCCUCUCAGCAACGCCGUGCAGCUGCCCAUCGAUCAGGAGGCAUUAGGAGCUGAAGACAGGCAAAACCCUGAAGAUGAGUAAUUGCAAAGGAGCUGAAAAUAACUGUAACUGUCGGUAUUCUCAGGCAAGGGAUCGUACUUCUGGGGAGGAGCAGCUCUAUCAACGUGUUAAUCUAGAGAUCGAGACAAAAGACGUCUUCAGAUGGCACAGUUGGCUUUGUCAACUUUGUAGUGUGCCAACUCUUAGCCUUGUUGGCAGCCAUUUGGUUUCGAACUUAUCUGCAUUCAAGCAAAACUAGCUCUUUUAUCAGACACGCAGUUGCUACCCUUUUGGGCCUUUAUCUUGCAUUUUUUUGCUUUGGAUGGUAUGCCUUAAACUUUCUCGUACAAAGUGGGAUUUCCUACUGCAUCAUGAUCAUAGCAGGAGUGGAGAGCAUGCAUCAAUGUUGUUUUGUGUUUGCUUUGGGAUACCUCACAGUGUGUCAAAUUACUAGAGUCUAUAUCUUUGAUUAUGGACAAUAUUCUGCUGAUUUUUCAGGCCCGAUGAUGAUCAUUACACAGAAGAUCACUAGUCUGGCUUUCGAGAUUCAUGACGGGAUGUUCCGGAAGGAUGAGGAGCUGACCCCGUCGCAGAGGGGAUUAGCUGUGAGGCGCAUGCCCAGUCUCCUGGAGUAUGUAAGUUAUACCUGCAACUUCAUGGGUAUCCUGGCAGGCCCUCUCUGCUCUUACAAAGACUACAUCACUUUCAUUGAAGGCAGGCCGUCCCACAUGUCACAGUCAAGUGAGAACGGAAAAGAAGAGCCGCAGCGUGAAAGAGCAGAUCCAUCUCCAAACGCAGCAGUUACGGAGAAGCUCCUAGUCUGUGGACUCUCCUUGUUAUUUCACUUGACCAUCUCCAACAUGCUACCCGUGGAGUAUAACAUCGAUGAGCACUUCCAAGCCACUGCCUCGUGGCCAGCCAAAGCCACCUAUCUCUACGUCUCUCUUCUGGCUGCCAGACCUAAGUACUAUUUUGCAUGGACCUUAGCUGAUGCCAUUAACAAUGCUGCAGGCUUCGGUUUCAGAGGAUAUGACAGGAAUGGAGUGGCUCGUUGGGACUUAAUUUCCAAUUUGAGAAUCCAGCAAAUAGAGAUGUCAACAAGUUUUAAGAUGUUUCUCGAUAAUUGGAAUAUCCAGACAGCUCUUUGGCUCAAAAGGGUGUGUUAUGAACGAGCGACUUUCAGUCCAACAACCCAGACGUUCUUUCUCUCUGCCAUUUGGCAUGGGGUCUACCCAGGAUACUAUCUGACAUUUCUAACAGGCGUGUUAAUGACAUUAGCAGCACGGGCUGUGAGAAGUAACUUUAGACACUAUUUCAUUGAACCUCCUCAACUUAAAUUAUUUUAUGACAUCAUAACGUGGGCAGCAACACAAAUAACAAUAAGUUACACGGUUGUACCGUUUGUGCUUCUGUCUAUAAAACCGUCAUUCACAUUUUACAGCUCCUGGUAUUACUGUCUUCACAUCUGCAGUAUCUUAGUGUUGCUGUUGCUGCCCGUGAAAAAAUCUCCAAGAGGAAAGAGCACACAGGAAAAUGUUCCGCUCUCAUGGGCCAAAAAGUUUGACGAAAGAGAAAACUCUCUAGGACAAAACAGUUUUUCCACGACAAAUAAUGUUUGCAAUCAGAACCAAGACGCGGCCUCUAGACACUCGUCUCUAACGCAGUGACUGGGAGAGCGUGUGACGGCUGUUUCCCGACUGUGAACAGAAACCAGUCCUGAUGCCUUUCCAGACUAACUGGGUGGAGAUGGGACAGUCUCAGAUAGGGGAUUUCCUAUACACCAGAUUGGAAAUGGAAUGAAAUAACCCUUCCCAUGCCAAUGUUCCUGUGGGUCACGCCUUACACAAAAUCCUUCUUUGUUUCAAUAGGGCACUCAGAAGUCAGCGUAUGCCCUCCAGGUCAUAUGUGUGCCCUGUUGUUGAAUGUACAUUGCGUAUCCCAAGGCACUGAAGAGCUGGAAAAAUGAUCAUGUCAAUCUGGAUAAUUGAAAGGUUAACUUUUUCCAAAUGAAUGUCUUGCCUUAAACCUUCUGUUUCCUAAAUUGUUGUUCCUGGGUGGUAUUUUCAAGUGUAGUAUCGUGAGGAGACAAUUUCGCUAUUUGAUGUGGUGCCCUGCAGAGUGGGAUUGAGGAGGAGGAGGAGGUUAAACUGGAUAUUUAAGAUUAUGGGUACUUGAAAAAGGCAAUAAACAUCUCAGUAUUUGAAGGGUUUUCUUGAGGUAGCUCAGAGGGUUAUCUAUGUACAUCGUAGAGUUGUAAACAGUCAGGGCAGUUAAAUUACAGGUAGCUUAUUCUGCUGGGAACUUAAUUACCUGGUGUCAGUUAGGGAGCCCUUUCAGGAGGACUUUCUCAAACAUAAUUAAAGGUUGGCAAUGUGAUAUUUUAGGCUUAUUUUCUUAAAAGUAAUAAGAGGGAAGCAGGCCCGAAUGAAGAAAGCACUGUGUGGUCUGGAGCCAGAGGCUUCCUCCUUCUGUGUCCAAGAUCAGUAUGACUGUGUGGGACACAACAAGCUUAAUAAGUGUGGACUCUCUGAAGAAGUUUCUCAAGCAUAAAUUACAUAGAAUUAGAAGAGAUUAUAAGAGUAACAGUGGUAGAUUAUUUGAAGAUUUUGAAAGAAAUCUCCAGUGAUUAAGGUUAUUGUAUGGUUCAUCAGCUUCUUGUCCCUGUCAUUUUCAUUGCUAUUUGGGAAAGAUUUAGGGGAAAGAAAACUUAGUUGCUGAGGCUAAAUGACAUUUUUAAAAAAAUUAAUAAAUUAGUUUCUACAUUCUUUAACUUCACGCAUUAAAAUUCUUCCGUUAAACUCUUGUUAAAAUGGGUGUUAGAUUCUAUCAAAACAAAUUUAAGUGUUUUCCUCUUAGGGGUCACUCUUGCCUUGAGUGACUGGGUAUGUCUUUGAUCCAACAGCAGUGUGCCGUGGGCUGUAGUAGCUGUAAGUGAGGGGAGGAUUUGAGGCUGUGGAACUGAGCCAUAGACUGUAGGUUCCACCUUGUUAGAGAGGAAGACUGGGGUUUUGGGCCUCUCUGUUAUUUGACCAAUCUUUUUGUGAAAUUUGUUUUGCUUUUGCCUUAAAUUUUCAAAUGAAAUGCAAAUUAUCAGUCUACAAUGAGUUGAUUUUGUUUGUUUGUUUGUUUUGGUCACAAAUACACUUAUGAGUAAAGUUUAAGAUUUUAGUGGGAGAAGAAAGGUGCAGAGGUCAGUGUGGCAUUCCUUCUAGGACUUCAGAGGUAUGGGUGGCACCUUUGCUGUUUUGAAGGCAGAUUGCUUGCUUCUGAUUAGGAGAGCCAGCCCCCCACGUCCCCACUCCCAGGGAAAGGGCUCGGUAAAUACUUUUUCUUAGUUUUCCACGUGUUGAAAGCAACCUAGCUGUAGAAUUUGAGAGGAAAGGAAAAUGUUGAUGGAGAGUAUCUGCCUGCAGAUGUCUCUGACUUCAUGAAUACUGUGGAGAAUCCACUCACUGUUAAAGAAAGCUAUCAAAUCCACAGCUUAAAAGGCAGCCCUAGGCAUUGUAUAAGGGAAGGCUGGAGACCCAGUAGAAACUACUGAAGGUUUGUGGUCUCUAUCCAGCCGCUUACAAAUCACCCCCAUUUAUUCCUGUUACCUGAACACAUUUUAUUUCUAGGCCAUGUACACUUGAGUCACUGUUGCCUGUUUCUUCUCGAGGAAUUUAUAAUCAUAGUACUAUCAUUCAAAAAGCAAGACAAUGAUCAUUGCUCUACUCCUGGAAGAUGAUACUUGGCACACAUCCAGUUUGACUGAUUUCUUUGUUUCAUUCUUCUACAGCUACUAGUUACUGAAAGGGAAAAAUUCAUAGAAGUCUAAAAUGUAGACUCCAAAGCCUAUAUAGGAAAAAGAAAAUUUCCAAGCCUCUCCAAGCUCCCAAAAGGCAGUCUAAGAUCAUUUUUUUUUUGAGGGGCGGCAGGUGUCUGUCUUUUAAUUUGGAGAAAUAAUCACAAUUUUGGAAUCUAAAAUAAAAUAAAUCAAAUUCUCAAUUUUUUUCAAAAAACUAUAUUCUAUAAAAUGAACAUCUAGUUGGGAUGUUUGUAAAGAUUGUUUUGCUCCUACUUAGAAGGAUUUAGACUAACGUUUGGGCUACUGUUAAUUAUAAUGUGUGCUUGCUGCGUCUUAAGCGGCAGAACAGGUUUCAGUGUGUGUUUAUGUUGUUUUUCCUUCCCUUAUACUUCUGUUUGAUUAUAUACUACUCAGGGAAAAUAGAACAAAAAUAUUCUUCCCUCAGUUUCAUUUCCUUGAAACAAUAAUUGUUAAUUUGGUGUGUCUCAGCUCACUGUUUUUAAUGAGAUCUCAGAGUGACUGGGGAAGCUUGAUUAGCUUCUGGAAUACCUAAAAUUGGAGAGAAGGCUUGCUGGGCUUCGGGGGUGCCGAUCACUGUGUCUUAGCAUGCUGGUCCCUACCAUGGAUGAUACCUAUACAGGGCAUUCCCACACAAGCCACUUUUGAAGUCACUAUCUAGAAAAGUGACAAUGGCUUCCUGUGAGUACUAACUGUCCUGGCUGGUCCUUUUGGCUCUUGCCUAAGGGAGGCCCACCGCUCAACUCCCCAAUCCUGUAGGGUGAAGGGCAAAGAGAAGGGCAGGUCACUGUCUGCUGCUUUUUAUUACUAGAGCUUAAGGUGCUGACUUAAAAAAAAAAGGUUGUCUAGCAACAGGAAGAAUGCCUUUCAAUCUAUUAACUCAGAGUGUGUAGCAACAUGCCAUUUCUCCUUUGCUUUCUCUGGUUUCUGUUUCUGCUGGGUAAAACUGGAGAGGAUUUAUUUCACUAAACACGUCCCCAUAUAUUGCUGGUUUUACUGGACAGGAUUUACCAGCGUGUAUCUCCUCAGCAAUGAAUUCAUUCAGAGAAUCUAGUUAUUCUAUCUUUUAAAUGGCAGAAAACAAUUUUAAAUUGCCAUCCAAAUAACCAUGACAGUUUUACUUUUGAAGAGUAGGUUAAACAUUUAGGACCAAUUCUUUUCCUGUUUAAAACUUGUACUUCCUCAGUGUUCAACUUGUAUAUUCAUGAGUAAAUCUGGGCAGUUGUACUUAUGUUCAUAAGUAUCAGCUCACUGGCUCUAAGAGUUCUAUAUGAUAGCUGGCACAUUCUUGAGAGAAUAGACUGGUCUAGAGUAAUUGCCACUCCUGCGUCCACUGAGGAUUGAUCGGCUCAAAUGCAUAGUUAUAAGCCAGUAUUUUGAAGGGUUUUAUUCAGGCUUUAAUAGUCUACCCUGGCUGAAAUUCAACACAUCCAGUUUAACUGAGGUGCAGAAUUCUAGCUUACACUGUGACUGUAACCUUACCUGUCCCGAGGACCAUAUAUACCUGUUACACUCCACCAGUGGCAUCUGAGGAAUGGCUGAUCAUUUGUACACACUUGCCUUGGAUGCUAAAUUUCUGCUUCCCACUGCCCUUGGAAAAAUGAGUUUGUAUCAGAGGGGCUUCUGAAUACGGAAGGAAGAGAUUUGCAUCUAAAACAAAUCUACUCUGAAUUUCGUUCGACGGAUUAGGGUGUAGCCAUUCUCUACAGUGAUUUUUCUGUAACACCGAAUAAUCAAAUCUAUUUGUAGGAGUGACUCUCCUUACGGAAUUUCCCACAUUGAUAUUUUGUAAGGAUGCUCUUGUAAUCAAUGACUCAGCUGCUUUUUAAGGCUCUUGUUGUACAGAGGGUGCAGCCCAUUACGUUUUUAAUUAGUAGGCUGCUCAAUAAUGUUUUGUAUGUUCUCAGAUAACAAUUUAUUUUAAUAGGUUUUUAACACAAUGCAAACUCCAGUGAAGAACCCUGACAAGAUGCUUCAUAGGUCAUCGAUUGGGGAGACUGUCAAACAGAACCGAAUGACACAUUUAUACGCCAGCUAAUUUGUCUUGCCUUUAAAACUGGUGGUGACUCUCAAUGCCAUUUUUUUAUAAAGCAAGGGACAGCCUGUCUGGUCUAUAAACAACACUUCAAAGAUCUAUUUAGAGCCACUGCCUGAAACUGAUCCAGUUAUACAUAGCCACCUCUAGCUAUGCUUUCCUGCAUUUUGCUAUCUUAAUUAGCACUGGAAUAUAAUGGAAAGCCAAAAGUCACAGAGCAAGGGGAAGUCAAAUGACUAAGCAGCUUCUCAGAUGCCUGCCUGGAACGGAAGAGUGGCUGGCUGCUGCCCUUUUCCUUCUGUAUGUCUCUGCUCCCCACAAGGGCUCUGUUUUGGGCUAACUUAUUUGGGAGGUUGUUUUGUUAACGAUCUUCUCUGACCUUUCAUGGGGAGGAGGGAACAUGUAGAGUGUUUGACAGACUUAAAAUAUGUCUCUUUCCCCAUUUUAAAUGUCUUUGGUUCUGUCUACACCCGUCUGUCAUUGAAGUUCAUUUGUUGCUGACUUGAUCACACUUAAAAAAGACUCCUGUCUUGAAUGAAAAUACAAUCUCACCUGUCUUCUGUCACCUUUAUGCAAGUGAAGGCGCCUCCACACCAAAAGGAGGCAAUAGGGAUGAAAGGGACUCGGAUUCCUGUGACCCGAAAGUACCAUCGUGUUAAUGUGAAGGUGCCUGGCUUCAAAUCUGCCUUCCCUUGCAGCUGGUGACGGGCAGAGUCCUCCUGACCAGAGAGGAUCCUUAGCUCCCACAGCCAGUGUUCACGGUAUUUCCCUUUGCCUUCCCAGGUGGAGAACAUCAUGUUGUGGUCUGUGCUUUUUUUGUUUUGAUUUUAUUAUUCCAAAUUAUUUUUUUAAAAAUAUUACUUUUCAUCCGAUCCACAAAUCAGUUCUCAUUGUGUGGCGAGUUAAAACCAUCACUGUGUCGGCUAAGCUGUGCGGUGAUGAACCAUAGCCACUUCUGGUGUCCUCAGAGCUUCACGGUGGCUUCUUGCUGGCUUUUAAAGGUGUUUUUAACUUACAUGGUUUUUUUCCUUAUUUGUGUGUCUUUAAAACUGAUUAAACGGUAGUUUAAAAGAA